AUGGGUCAACUACCUCUCUGUCGAGUCACACCAUCACGACCAUUCGCUCACACCGGUGUCGAUUAUGCAGGACCAAUCACAAUGAAAAAUUCAAAGGGAAGAGGCUCAAAACCAAUCAAAGGAUGGAUCUGCGUGUUCGUAUGUUUCUCCUCAUCAGCUGUUCACCUCGAGGUUGUCAGCGAUUACUCAACCGAGGGAUUUCUGGCAGCCUACAGAAGAUUCUCAUCACGAAGAGGGAUCGCUCACAAGUUGUACUCUGACUGUGGUACAAAUUUCAUUGGAGCACAGGCAGAGCUCAAACGCCUGUUCACGUCAAGUUCAACGGAGCACCGACAGAUCGCAUCGAUUCUGUCAGCUGACAGCACUCAAUGGAUGUUCAACCCACCAGCUGCUCCUCACAUGGGAGGAAAAUGGGAAGCUGUGGUGAAAUCAAUCAAGUACCAUCUCAGGAGAACAAUUGGUGAGCUCUACUAA